AUGGCGAGUACAUCUAAUAUUAAGAAAUCUAAUCACCAACGUAAUUCGUCAAGUACGAAUUGCAAUGAUCCUCCCUUUUUACGUCAAAUUCUACCCAUGUUGAGACCCACCAUCACAACAACGCAAGGUGGUGUAGCUUACUCACAAGCUCAGCAGCAAUCACCUCAGAUAAUUGUUCCGACACAAUACGGAUUUGGAGAAUUGUUAUCAAAUUCAAACUCACAAAGUUCCAAGGAUAUGUCAUCGACUUUAACGCCGAUACCUCAUUUCCUUCCAAUGGAUUAUGGUAACAUGCAAACAAAUUAUUUUGGGCCGGUUCAACCUUACCCGACCUAUUUCCCUCAACAGUUGUAUCACCAAUCGAUGCAUCAUCAGCACUUCUCUCAAAUGCAACAACAACAUAGUCAAGCGAUGCAACAACCAUUCAUGUCACAUGUUCAGAUGUCACAGCAGCAAGCUGGCUCCGCUCAACAGGAUCCGCAGUUUGACAUGUCCGCGAUUUCAACAUUCUGUGAUGAUUGCACGAACCUUUUGAUAAAUAAUGGAAUAUCGGCUGACGCGUUGAUUUAUCAAAGUAUAUGUAACAAGUGUAAAAGCAAAUACGUUGGGAUGAACAGCUAUAGAAAUCCCGCUGCUCCUCCAAUGUUACAACAAUCAUCACCAUCGCAACCUCCGCAACCGCAACUGCAGAAUGUUCAACAGGCGUCCCGCGUCGUUCCACGUUCGAUGUCACAACAAUCGUUGAAUGUGAUGCCGUUGGAUUCCAUGUCUCAAAAUGUAUCUCAGUCAAUCUCAGAUUAUUCUAUGUCAACUAAUUUGUCCAAUCCGAAUGAUUUGCCGAUUGAUUUUUCACUUCAUCAAUCACCCACAAUUUGUUAUGAGGAUAGUUGUGACAGAAACUCCUGUUCAAAGAAUAGCGUCUUGAAUGAUGUCUUCUUUUCUGAUCCAAUGAUUGAAGAUACCGAAGAGUUACUUCAUUGUGAUAGUGAUUCUUCUUCAGACACGGAUAUUGCGACUCCUCGUCAGAGAUUUUCUCCUCCUUUAACGCCAACCGAUUAUAUGAGUGGCGAAAAUUUACUGUGGAGUAUGAUUUACGAUGAUUUCGAUUUAUCUAACAAUAAAUCUUCCGAGACAUCAUCAUCCACGAACGCGUCCGAAUCUGUCAUUUCGUCAUCUCAAGUUUUUAACUCGUAUAGUCCUCCUCCGGUUAAAUUGGAACUUUCAACUCCUACCACAAUGUCUACCGUUACAUCCCCAUUAAAUUCGGCAUGCAACGCCUUUGAGGGUACCAUUGAUGGGACAAUCGAUCCUACUCUUAUUUGUUCUAAUACUGGAACAAGUUUUGGUUCAGAUUCGAGCAAUUUCAACGAAGUUUCCAAAACCAUUGAUCCUAGGUUCAUUGAAACUUCGCCAAACGUGUCUUCUCAUAAUGUCACUAAAAAGCCCACACCAGUCAUUACAAAUUAUGUUGAAUUCGGGGAUGUGAUGCCAAGUCCACCAUUGGAGACUCCCGAGCUCGUUAGCGACCAUAGCCUCAAGCGUAGGAUGACUUAUGAAUCAUCAUCCGAAGAUGAUAGUUCCGAUGCUGAAUCCAGUGAUAAACGAUCACAAAAAAAACUUCGAGUUGACAAUGGCGAUUGCACCGACAUCUCUUCCUCAUAUUCAAAUGAUCAUGAUAAUAGUAUUGAACCUGCUAAUGAAACUAAUGAGAUUAGUGAUACCGUUACCGAUGAAUAUCAUUAUAGUAGUGACACUGAUUCUGAAGAAGACGACGAUGAAGAAUAUCGUCCAACGAAUACUAAUAAAAAAUCUCGUACUACGAGAAAAGUUGCCAAGUCCCAAGGUAAAGCAAGAGGUUCCUUAUCAAAGGGAUCUGCCAAACCAAAGUCAGGUGUGGCUAAGAACAAAUCAAAGGCAUCAACAGCAAAACGUGGUAAGCAAUCCUCAAAAUCAUCCAAGCCUCCUUCAAAACGAUCAAGCAGGGUGAACUCCCCCACAGCAGUGUCAGUUGAAAGCCCAGCACCACAGAGUCUCUUAACACCCGAAGAAUCUCAAGAAAUGGAACGACAUGAAGUUACAUCACCUCGUCCCACCCUUUUUCCAACAAUUUUUCAGACUUUAACAAGGUCAGGAAUUGAUUGGUGUAGAUACUGCGGCACUACUGAGGGUGUUAACUGGAGACCAGGCCCAUGGGGCAAGCGAACUUUAUGCAAUAAGCACGGAUGUGACUACAAAGGCUACGGGUUCGCAUGUAAACUUCCAAGGCUCGACUUGACCGGAUUCGUCAACGAGUCAGUCGAAGAUAGAGACCGUCCAGUCUUGCAACUCUUCUGUACCGUAUGUCAGAAGCAAGAAUCAUUUGUAGGAAAUGUACUCGUCCGAUGUGAAGGGUGCCCCAAAGCAUUUCACCAGAAAUGCUCAUCCUCCCACAUCACCGAUGAGACAGUAUCAAGCUCGGAACAAUGGUUCUGCGAAGCUGGCUGUUCAGAUAAUGUGCGCAGAAAGCGUAUUGUCGUCGAGCUACCAAGAAAAAAACUUCCAUUAAUGUCUACACCCAAAGUUCAAGCACAAGCAUCAAAUAUUGAGACCGGAGUAGUACCUUCAGGUACUGUUUCCCGACCAAGAACUUCUCGCAACUCGUCUAGAGUAUAA